AUGUUAGAUAAUCCAAAAAUAUAGUUAGAAACAGACAUUAUUCUUUAAGGGAUAGAAUACGUAAUCAGCAUGUAAGCAAGUGAUCAUUUACUGUAUUAAAUUAUUAUUAUACAUAGUUACAUAGAAUUGGAAUCGAAAUAUGAGCCAUAGAUUUGGAAAAAUACUUAUACAAUUGAUUAUAUUGAAGAACUUACUCGUAAGACAGGAAACCCAAAGAAAUUCAAUAUAUUUCUAUCUAUGCUAUAAACUGCAUUAUAAAAAACAAAUGAAAAUGUAUUUUAUAUAUUCUAAAUAGGUAUUAUUUGAAAUUUUGACAUAUCAAGAUCUUGAGAAUUUGAAAUAAUAAAAAUAAUCUGAUUAGAGUAAUAUAUCUAGAACAUCAUCAACAAAUUAAAAAGUGAAUAAGAGAUAUUUGAUUUUGUCAUAUUAAACUGAUUUUGAAAAGAUUCAUUAUCCAUUAGCCUUAAAUUAUGAGGAAUAAAUAGAAAACUCUAGAUUAAUGACAAAGAUAUAGAAUUUAAAAACAGAACUUUUUGAUUACAAAUUAUAAAAAUUGAAUGAUGGAGAAUUUUAGGCUUCAAAUUCAUUUUCUAAAAGUAAGAGAGAUAUUUAAACACCUGAUUCAUUAGUGAAUUAGAAUGAAUUAUUAAAAGCAAAAGUGAAGAGAUUAGAGGAAGCUUUAACAUAGAAGAAAGGGGCAGUAGAAGUAGAUUAAUUAGUAAGGGAUAAUGAAGAUUUAUAAAAUAUGUUAAAUACAAAUAGAUUAUUAUAUGAAGAUAAAAUAUAGAAGUUAGAAUAAUAAUUGAAUUAAAAAAGUACAGAGAUAGUAAUGUAGAUGGCAGAAGUACAUAUAAAGUUAAUAAAGAUUAGAUAAAUGCUUUUAAGAAGGAGUUGACUAAUUUGAUAGGAAAAGUAGAUAUGGAUACUAGAAUAAAGGAACAUAUAAGAUUGAUGAACGAAGAAGAGGAAAGCAAAUUGGUGAAGGCAUAAAAGAUAAUAUAAAAAUAUGAAAAAGAAGUUGAAGGACUGAAUUAGUAUGUAAUUGAUAAAAUCAUAGAUAAAUAGAUUCAUUAAAGAAAUAAGACGUAGUGUAGAAGAGGAGAAUAAAUCAAUUAGAAACAGAAUUAUCUUAAUCAAUGAAAAAGUUUAGUUAUAAAGGUGUAACUGAUAGACUUUAUUCUCCAUAUAGUAACCAUUCAAAUGGAAGUAGGAAAUCAAAUUAUUCAGUUCCAAAUAGAUUGAACUCAAAUAAUUCAUCUGGAAAUGCUUCACCAAAUGUAAGAUAGGCAUCUCCAGCAUUAAGUAAGAAUUCACGUAGUUCUACUUAAAAUUCAGUAAAUUUAAAUAAUUAAAUUAGGCUGCUUAUUAGAAACCGAAGUUUUAUAAUACUUCUCCUAUGAAUAAAUAACCAAUUUAAAAGAAACCUUCUCCAUCUAGAACAUAAUAAUAUACAAAACCAAUACAAAAUAAGGCAUCUCCUAUAAAUUAAUAGAAGCCAUCACCAGGAAGAAAUAAUAUAUUUAAAUAGCCUUCUCCACCUAGAUAAAAUUAUUAAUAACAUAAACCUCCAUAAUAAUAAUAAUAGGUAAAAUAAAGAACAAAUCAAUCUGCCAAUAAUUAUAAACAACCUAUUAAAUAGGUUCAUUAAUAUGAAAGAAAAUCAGGAAAUGUAACAGAUCUAGAUAAUAAAAUAAAUAAUUUAAAAAAUAUAUUAUAAAGAGCAAAAAGAUGA